GUCUAAGCAGCCGGCAACUGCUCUUGUUGUUUUGGCUUUAAAUUGUGUAUUUUACUAAAAUAUGUCGAGUAAAAAUCGUAAACGCACAGCAAGCAGUAGUAGCAGUGCCGAAGAGCCCGACAGCGAGGAGGAGUCCCGUAUUAAGGAUUUGCGUGAACGUGAUGAGUUUGCCAAUCGCUUAAAGCAACGCGAUGAGGAGCGAACCCGCAAAGUGGUCGAAGCCACAGGCGGACGCAAGGCAAUUGAAGAAGCUACCAAGCGGCUGAAACUAGAGCAUGAGGAUCGAGAUAAGAUUGUGCCCCAUCUGCGCGUGCAGUCACGUCGACAGUACUUGGAGAAGCGCAAGGAGGACAAAGUUGCCGAGCUAGAAGCAGAUAUACUCGACGACGAGUACCUCUUUGAGGAGAGCGUGCUAACCAAGCGGGAACGGGAGGAACGUCAGUACAAGAAACAGCUGUUGAAUAUAGCUAAAGAGCAUGAAAAGGCACGUGAACUGGAGCGCAUUCAGCGCUAUCACAUGCCCCAGGAUCUUAAGAAAGGCGAACGAUCGGAAUACGUGGAGGUGGAUGACUUUGAGAAGCAGCCCAAUUCGGAGCAAAAGAAAUGGGAGGCUGAGCAAUUGGCCUCGGCGCGUUUUCAGUUUGGUGCCAAAGACGCCAAGGCUGAGGAGGAAUAUGAGCUGUUGCUUGACGAUCAGAUUGAUUUCAUUCAGGCUCUAACGCUUGAUGGUAGUCGCGAAAAGGCUGCCAAGGAAACGGAGCUAACAGAAAAGGAACGCAAACGGAUGACUUUGGAAGAAACACGCAGAUCGUUGCCGGUUUAUCCCUUUAAGGAGGAUCUCAUAGCAGCUGUAAGAGAGCAUCAGGUGCUGAUCAUUGAGGGCGAGACUGGUUCUGGUAAGACCACUCAAGUACCGCAAUACCUUGUUGAGGCCGGUUUCACGGCGGAUAAGAAGAUGAUUGGAUGUACGCAGCCGCGUCGUGUGGCUGCCAUGUCCGUGGCGGCUCGAGUAGCAGAAGAAAUGGGCGUUAAGCUGGGCAACGAGGUGGGCUACAGCAUUCGUUUCGAGGACUGCACUUCAGACCGCACCAUACUCAAGUACAUGACAGAUGGCACACUGCAUCGAGAGUUCCUCUCUGAGCCAGAUCUGGCCUCCUACAGCGUCAUGAUUAUUGAUGAGGCGCACGAGCGCACUUUGCAUACGGACAUUCUGUUUGGACUUGUCAAGGAUAUAGCACGGUUCCGACCUGAGCUUAAGCUGCUGAUAUCCAGCGCUACGCUUGAUGCCGAGAAGUUCUCUGCCUUCUUCGAUGAUGCUCCCAUUUUCCGCAUACCCGGCAGACGGUAUCCAGUGGACAUAUUCUAUACGAAAGCACCCGAGGCGGAUUAUAUUGAUGCCUGCUGUGUGUCCGUGCUGCAGAUUCAUGCUACGCAGCCACUUGGCGACAUCUUGGUGUUUCUCACAGGCCAGGACGAGAUCGAGACGUGUCAGGAGGUGUUGCAGGAUCGUGUCAAGCGCCUGGGCUCCAAGAUUCGCGAGCUCAUUGUUGUUCCCGUCUAUGCCAAUCUGCCGAGCGACAUGCAAGCAAAAAUCUUUGAGCCAACGCCGCCGAAUGCACGCAAAGUGAUCCUUGCUACGAACAUUGCGGAAACAUCAUUGACCAUAGACAAUAUCAUCUAUGUCAUUGAUCCGGGUUUCGCUAAGCAAAACAAUUUCAAUUCACGAACGGGCAUGGAAUCAUUGAUGGUGGUGCCCAUCUCGAAGGCUUCGGCUAACCAACGAGCGGGACGAGCUGGUCGUACGGCACCCGGUAAAUGCUUUCGCCUAUACACCGCCUGGGCAUAUAAGCACGAGUUGGAGGAGAAUACAGUGCCGGAAAUUUGUCGAAUCAAUCUGGGCAAUGCGGUGCUCAUGCUCAAAGCUUUGGGCAUUAAUGAUCUGAUACACUUUGAUUUCCUCGAUCCGCCGCCACACGAAACGUUAGUGUUGGCACUGGAACAGCUAUACGCAUUGGGUGCACUCAAUCAUCAUGGUGAAUUAACCAAACUGGGCAGACGCAUGGCAGAAUUUCCUGUUGAUCCUAUGAUGGGCAAAAUGCUGUUAGCCAGCGAAAAGUAUAAGUGCUCUGAGGAGAUGGUCACCAUAGCGGCCAUGCUGUCAGUUAAUAGCGCCAUAUUCUACCGGCCUAAGGAUAAGAUCAUACACGCUGAUACUGCGCGAAAGAAUUUCAAUCAUAUGCAUGGCGAUCAUCUCAGCUUGCUGCAGGUCUAUAAUCAAUGGGCGGAGACGGAUUAUAGUACGCAAUGGUGCUACGAGAACUUUAUACAAUAUCGCUCCAUGAAACGGGCACGAGAUGUGCGAGAACAAUUGGUUGGUCUAAUGCAGCGAGUGGAAAUCGAUAUGGUUAGCUGUCUGCCGGAGACAAUUAACGUGAGGAAGGCAGCGACGGCAGGCUACUUUUAUCAUGUGGCACGUUUGUCGAAGGGCGGAAAUUACAAGACAAUUAAGCACAAUCAAACGGUUAUGAUACAUCCCAAUUCUUCGUUGUUUGAGGAGUUGCCACGAUGGGUGCUCUAUCAUGAGCUAGUAUUCACCUCCAAGGAGUUCAUGCGUCAGGUCAUUGAGAUUGAAAGCAAAUGGCUCCUGGAGGUAGCACCCCACUAUUACAAGGCAAAGGAGCUGGAGGAUUCGACUAACAAAAAAAUGCCUAAAGGAGCCGGACGUGCGGAGAUGACGCAAUAAAUGAAUCUGGACACAUUUUUAUA